UCCGUGGACCCUCCCACCAGCAGAAAGAGUGACACGCCAUUCAACUGCAGCCUGGCCCUGUGCACGCAGGGCGCGCUGAGAGCUCAGAGAGAUCGCACCAUCUGGUAGGGAGAGAAACAGGGAAAAGACAACAACAACAACAAAAAAUCCGCAUCUGCUUGAAGCGCACAACUUCUCCAGAAUCGCGUCGCCAUGGGGAUCCGAAAGAAGAGCAACAAGAACCCGCCGGUGCUGAGCCACGAGUUUGUGAUCCAGAACCACGCAGAUAUUGUUUCCUGCGUUGCUAUGGUGUUCCUGCUCGGGCUGAUGUUUGAGGUCACCUCAAAGUUUGCAGUAUUUUUCAUUACUGUCCAGUACAACGUGACCAUAUCGACAAACGAGGGCCCCGAGGAGACAGCGGUGAACCACUUCCACCACGGCAUCAAGGACCUGGCUACCGUUUUCUUCUACAUGCUGGUGGCCAUCAUCAUGCACGCCAUCAUCCAGGAGUACGUGCUUGACAAACUCAACCGGAAAAAGCACUUCUCCAAAACCAAGCACAGCAAGUUCAAUGAGUCGGGUCAGCUCAGCGCCUUCUACUUGUUCUCCUUCGCCUGGGGGGCCAACAUCCUUGUGUCCGAAAACUUCCUGUCCAAUCCCGUCGCCCUGUGGGAGGGAUAUCCUCAUACGCUGAUGCCAUUCCAGAUGAAGUUCUUCUACAUUUGCCAGCUGGGCUACUGGUUACACGCUCUUCCAGAACUCUAUUUCCAGAAGGCAAAGAAAGAGGAUAUUCCUCGCCAGCUUGUGUACAUCUUCCUGUACCUGGUCCACAUCGCCGGCGCCUACAUCCUGAAUUUGAACCGGCUGGGUCUGGUCCUGCUGGUGUUGCACUAUUUCGUCGAGCUCCUCUUCCACGUCUCCCGUCUGAUCUACUUCAGCAACGAGAACAGGCAAACGGGUUUCAGCAUCUGGGCCGUCUUGUUCGUGAUUGGACGGCUGCUCACCCUGUCCCUGUCGGUCCUCACCGUGGGCUUCGGUCUCUCCACCGCCGAAAACCAGGGCUUCAGUCUGGCUGAAGGGAACUUUAACAUUUUCUUUGUUCGGGUGACCGUGCUGUCGGCCAUCUGCUUUACGCAGGCCUUCAUGAUGUGGAAGUUCAUCAACUUCCAGCUGCGGCGAUGGAGAGAGCACGGCGAGGCGCAGACGUUGAAAAAGAAACCGGCUCCUGCUAAGAGCAAGUCGAAGAAAGACAAAGCCAACGGAGUAAACGGCGUGAGCUCACAUGGAGCGGAUUCACCGAGAUCAAGGAAAGAGAAAUCCUCAUAAGACGUAAAGAGGGGAAGAGGAAAAAAAAAACAUUCCUGAUACCCUGUACCUCCGAGGACCGCCUCUCCCAGGGUCUUCUGGGCUGGCUCCAGCCCGACCGUUCAGUGGCCCCUCACCCCCCCUCCCCUCCCUUCUCCUCCCCCGCCGUGCGUUUUCACCUUCCCACACAGGACCGACCUCCCAGCUGGAACUCCCAGGAUCUGCUCUUGUUGCCAAUCGCCCAGCACACCUUCAGCUCCAGAUCUUCCUUCCGUGGUAUUAAUGAAAAAAAACAACAAAUAAACUGAGGGAAAGAGACCUUAUUUAAGAAGUGCCUACUGAUGUGGAUUAUGUUUUUUUUUUGUUUUUUUUUUUGUACAGUGUGUAAUUUUACCAAAUCAGGAGCGAUCGCUUUAAUGUUUCUUUCUCCCCACUUCAGGUCGUUUUUAGUAUUUUGUUGAAAUGCUAUGUAUUCCUUUUGUAUCUCACCUGCCUAUCAUGUAUUUAUAUACCACUCGGCUCAUCCAGAUGCUGCCCUCCCCUCGGAGAAAUUCCCUUUUUGGUCUCUCUCCCCCCCCCGCUUUUCCGUGCUCGGAGGUCGCUUAGAGCCCCGUUAUGUCCAGAUCACACGUCAUUCUUUUAAUUUUUUUUAUUUCUCUAUUGUUUUCCCACAUCAGACAGCAAACAGACGCCUGUAGAUAGAAAGGUAACUAUCACAGAAGCUUUACUGCUGGAAUAGGAGUAUAUCAAAGCGGGUGAAGGAAACGAGUCUUGAGUACACGCGUGGUUCAGUAUUGUGCAGAACUGCCAGUAAAUAAAAGAACUAAAAAUUGUACGAUGUUGCAUUUGAUCGUUGAAGAAUGGCGUGUUCGUCACGAGUUUCCAUGGAAGUUGUUGCGGUUGUGAUCGUACCUGUAACGACACAUUGUGCUUUAGUUUUUGUUUUUUUUCGUAGCGUCGACGAAGAUGCAAGUUAGGAAAAAGAAACGUUCUUGUGAGUCAUCCAACCUCUCUUGAUGUCAAGGUGGAAUGUUCUUAAUGUGUUUGAUACAUCGUCAAUUUUCUCUUCCCUUUAAAAAAAAUAAAAAUGCCUGCGAGGAAGGAUGGGUUGUUAUCCCAACAUGGGCUCUGAAUGAAGUGUAUAUUUAGAUUUCUAUAUACAUAUAUAUAUAUUUUGUUCUAUCCCGUGGUUUCCCACCCCGUAUCGAGUGUUGACUGUGCCAAAUGAACCUGGUUGACUACUGCUGACCGUAUGCCUUUCACUUAAACACCAUAAAGCAUCGGAGGCCAACCAGCUGUAGCUGCAAGACUUUGUUACCCAAGCAACGCGAACGUGUUCAAAAGAAUGAAUCCUGUUGAGUGAUUUUUAGGCAAACAGUGUAGCGAAUUAACUCCAGCAGUAUUUGGUUUUCUCCACUCGCCCUGGCGGUUUAUCCUGUAAAGAAAUAAAACGAUCGUUAAAACGAA